AAGAAGUUGAGGAAAUCCUUGAUGAGAGGAUUGUGUCUUGACAUACUGAAGGUUCUAGAGAGUUCUUGGUCAAGUGGCGUGGACGUCCGAAAAUUGACCUGGAUCACAUUGUAAGAAAUCCAACAAUUCAACCCAGAUCUGCUUGAAUAUUACAUGAGCUCUAAUUCAUCGGAGGUGAAUUCUUCCAAGCCGGGGAGAGUUGAUGGAGACAUCAAGGUGUACAGAUGCAAGAAGAAGAAACAACCAUCUUUGUGGUUGGAAGAAUAGAAAGAAGAAGAAGAAAGAAGAAGAAAAAGGAGGAAGAAAAGGAGGCUCGAUCCAGCCUUCCCAGCACUAGAUCGAAUCCCUCUCUUUCCAGAUCUCAGCAAAUCUCGUGGGCCCCAUUAGUUGUUAGUUUAGUAGUUUAUUUUUAGAAUAUUCUUUUCCUUGUUAGUCUUUUAAUUAAUUAGGAAAUUACUUUACUAGUUGUUAGUUUUUAGGAAGUCUUUAUUUACUUUUCAAUUGGCUUUUUUUAUUUUUAGUAACUAAGUUCAUCAUUUAUGUAAUGGCCUAGGCAACAAUGGAAUCAAUGAAAAAUUAUUAAAAGCAGCCUAUGAGCAAACCUCCCCACCCUUUCUCACGAUUCUCUCCCUCUCGUUAAUCCCUCUCUUUUCCCACUCUCGGUUCCUCUCUUUCUCACCUCCUUUCUUUUUCUCGGUUUCUUUCCCUCUCCCUCUUUCUCUCGGCUGUCUUAAUAUUGUAGCCUCUCUAUUUUUUUUUUCUGGUAUUAUUGUUGAAGACAGGUGCUCUUCCCCUCAAGCAGCCAAGGAUUGAUCAAAGUACCAUUGUCUUCCUGCACUAUUGUUAGGGAUACUGCUGCCUCUUCUUCAAGCAAUCGAAGACUAGCUGCUGCACUUUAUUUUCUAUACUAUUGUCAAUAAAUGCUGUCCUCCCUUCAAGCAAACAAGAGCUGCAAUAAUUCCGGAUGGUUUUCUUCUAUAGCACUCAAUCUGGACAGCAAUCCUCAAUCUCGGUAGACCUUGAUUUCUUCUUCUCUUCUCUAUUUGGACAGUGGACAGGUAAGUCAUUAAACUAAACUCUCCACCUCCAUUAAUCCCCUGUUAUAUGUUUGUAGUCCAUUAUCAUUGAAACCAGCCUUUGCCCUUUCGUUUAUGCCUAUUUUAGCUAUUGUUUUAAGAUGUUUCUUCACUAUUAUAUCUUCAAAACCCUUGCUGAUUUUCUAAUUUAGUUGGCUGCUAGAGGACAUUGAUAGUUUGCAUAUCUUAUUUGGUGUCUAAAUUGAUUUGUGUUGAACCUAACAUUCGCAUGACGUUUGUUCCCUUCCCUAUGUCCUCACUUGAAGCUUUAGUAAGUUAUUAUGUGUUUUUUCGUUUAGAUUGAUAUUGCUCCUGGCUACAUGUUGAUUUGUUUUUAUUUGUUGCAUGUUGAAUCUUGUUUUAUUGAGCAUAUCUAAAUCCCAACGUAAUCCCAAGACCCCCUUAAGUUUGUCUUACCUUAAUUGAGUCACUCUUGUAGGGACCCUAGUUUUCUAGGAAAUCCCCUACAUCAGGCCUUAUCAAGUCUUCUUGUAAUUCACAAAAGUGAUUCCUUUUCACAACUUGGGGGAAUAUGGGUAUAGCUGUUUGGGGUUUGAAAAAAGAAAGGGGAGUUGUUUUGACGAUUAGGUGAAAAGGGGAGGUGCACAAAGGGAACAACAGUUGUUGACCAGUUGUUGGGAGUGAAGAUGGGCUGAGAUCUACUUUGAGGCUAAGCAACGUGGCAUGCCGUGUACACACCCAAGUAAAACUGCCAUAUAAGAAAUGAGGAAUGAGUCGACUUGGAGAGCUACGAGUCCAGUACUCCCUGUGGUGAUUGAGCUUCUGGUAAGCUGAGAUAAGAAUGGGUCCAGGAGGAGGUGGCGGGGGUCCAGGAGGAGGUGGCGGUGGUUGGGGCGGAGGUCCAGGAGGAGGUGGAGGUGGCUGGGGCGGAGGUCCAGGGGGAGGACCAGGUGGUGGUUGGGGUGGAGGUCCAGGCGGCGGGUGGGGUGGUGGACCAGGACCAGGCGGUGGUUGGGGUGGAGGACCAGGACCAGGCGGUUGGGGUGGAGGACCUGGUCCUUGGGGUCCUGGUGGCUUCUUCGGUGGCUUUGGGAACUUCAUAUAUUCUUGCUUCGACUUCAUGUGCUGUUGCUGGCUGUUGAGAGACUGCUGUGGUGGAGGCGGGCCAGGUCCGCCUGGUCGUCCCUUCUGAUUUGCUUGAUUUAUGCACUAUGGAUGUGUCUGUGCCACAAACAGUCACAUACAAUAAAUGAUGUAUGUAAAGAGAAUGGUUAUACCCUAUAUCUUGUUUUUUGGGUGGGUGGGUGGGUGGGUGGGUAGAUAUUUGAAUGUGUAACGAUUGAAGCUCUUCAUGGGCUCUCUCAUUCGCCUUCUAUGAUGACCAUCUUCUUUCUUAUUCUUUCGUUAUUUCACUUGUAAGUUUUAUAUAAGAUCAUGAAUUUAGUUUUCUUAGCCCA